AUGGAUACCCUUGCUCAUAAUAUGUAUCUGAAUGCGUACCAGCUCUCCAUCCUAUCGCGCUUAUUACCAUUUUUUGAUAUACGAUGUGUUGAAUCGACGUUGCCAGUGGUCGGCGGCUUUGCGAAGCUGUCUGCAGAAGAGAUCGCAGCGGCUAAGGCCAUCGGGCUUCCCAUCGCUGAUGACGUGAUCAACAAAGGCGAGAUUGUCUGCAAUCAUUUAUGGAAAGCGCAGGGGCCUGGCAACGAGGGGCAGUUUUUCUGCGUAGGAUGGAUACGCAGGUCGGACUGCAAGUUCGAUAGGAAUCCCAAGGUCGAUAAGUUGGAUUGCGGUUUUCGAUUCACCGCCGAGCAGGUCAAGAACAGGCAGGCCAUGUAUCCGAAUAUCGCCUGGGACAGGCACAGCACGUGGGGGCUGGACUGCAUGACGAAGCAACAGAUCGACGCGCGCGCGACGUACUACCGCGGCACAACGAACACAAACCCGGCUGCCGAUAUCAUCCGUUCUCUCCGGUCAGCCCCGAUCACGCUCGAGAACUUCCCGUUCAACAAAAAGAUAACCGCUCCUGACGCUUUGAUCAUGUGGGGGAUUGCAGAUGGAUCGCUGAGCGGUCGGACGGCGGGCCCGGCAGCAUCUGGGUCGCGGGCGCAGCAAGGUCCUAGUGUGCCGCGGCCACUGCAGACGUCGACACCUCCGCCGUCGCCCGAGAAGAAGCGGAGAGCGAACGACACUGCGUCCGUCCGGCCUUUCGACCCUCGGCGAUGA